AUGCGCGCUGCUGAAGGGAUCCAGUGUCGCAUCAACCGCCUUCCUGCGGAGAUCCUAUCUAAAAUCUUCCUACACGCCUGCGAUACAUCGACGCUUUCUCAACAGCCAAAAUUCUACGUGCAAGUCAUACCGCUCUAUGUUCAACCUAUAGACAUAUCCCAUGUCUGCCAGUACUGGCGCAAUGUCGCACUCGCCAACGGUCGUCUUUGGACGUUCAUGGUCGUCUCAGAUAUGCACCGAUACCAUCUCGACCGUCUCGAUGCGUUCAUGCACCGCUCAAAGCAGUCACCUCUGCACAUCUUUAUCUUGUGGACUCCCUCGUGGAAUCGACCAGAUUCGGACGAUAUGGACUGGAAAGUUUUCUUUCAGAUGGGCGACCAUCUGGUGGGAAAGACUCUCAAAAAGCUCGUUACCUCUAGUGAUCGAUGGAAGUCGUUUGAGAUUGCAGUGGAGACACCGUGGUUGAUGUCUAGAAUCCUCGGAGAAGUCAAUGAAGUGACUUCACCUCUGCUGACGGACGUAUCCCUCCACACUACAUUAUAUAAUGGAGAAGACGUUGACGAGUGGGAUCCCAGUCUGGCCAACCAUAAUGGGGUUGCCUGCUGCUUUCCUUUUCCCCUAUGCGACCUACGUACCAUAUACUUCGAGGGGACAGCGCCAGAUUGGACCCGAGAUUCGCCUUACCGGAAUCUUCAGUCGCUCAGACUCGACAAUUUUAACGAGGAAAACGCCCCUUCCGUUCCAGCUUUUCGUCGAUUCCUGACGGCUUCUCCCGCACUUGAGGUUGUCGUUUUGCGAGACUUUCGCUUCAAUUUUCACGUUCAUAACUAUAUCCUCGAUUACGACGGUCCUGUUGUGGAGUUGCCGCUAUUACGCCAUUUAUCCAUCAGCGGGCUCCGGCCGCAAGAUGAUCAAGCGCUCUUUGCUCACCUGCGUAUCCCCAACGUAGAAAUCAUGGAUCUGGGCUGCGAUAGAUUCGAUGGGAUUUUGUGGGACUUCACCGUCUCCGGGCUCUCGACCACUUAUCCUGAUGGGUCAUCAACGCUCGACUCCGUCCAAGCACUCCGAAUAGGCCGAAUACAGCGCCGGUCUACGCUCCUUCCGUACUUUUUCAGUCGCUUGAUCAACCUCCGUGUCCUCGUCGUUGAAUGUAUUCCUAGAGGGUCUAGUGAGGAGCUUCUCCUCCCUCUUCAGCAGUACUCGGAGGCCUUGGCGACCUCAGCCUUCGAAGACCAUGAGUCGAAUGUAGCUCAUCUCCCAUUUUUCACGACACUCGUCUGCCCCGGUAUCGCCGCAGAAGAACUCAUGGGCUUUAUUACCGCCAGAAAAAGAGCCGGCAUCCCACUUCGACACGUAUUUGUCACAAACGAUACGGCAUUUUCGGAUAGCGACAAGGCACGGAUUUCGAAGGAGGUUGAAUUGUUUGGAGAGCUCUCGUCUUCGGAGGGAGGCCAUGCCGAUAUCUCGCUGGAAGACUUGCUCGAUGCGCAUCGUAGAGCGGAAGGGAACGGUGGACGGUUUUGUAUAUCGUGCUGA